CCAUUCACAUCAACGGUCACGCCUCGACAGGAAGUGACGACUGUGGCCACGAGCGUGACGAACGGCUCGUUCGAAAAUACAACAAGGAAGUGAACGUUUAUUGUAAAGGAAAAUAAUCACCGGACAAAAGAUUUCUUCAAACCGGGGGCCGCUUCGCUCGGUUGUUGGGUGUCGGGGGGGCAAAGUCACCGUGGACUUGCCCGAGAGCCCGUUUCAGAUCGUCUCGAGGGAGUCUUGCUUUUAGCCAGCCAGCUAGCGAUGAACACGGACGUGGAAUUCCACAUCAGGCAGAAUUAUCCGUGGAACAAGCUACCAGCUAAUGUCAAACAGAGUUUGGGGAACUCUCAACGCGAGUAUGAGAAACAUGUGCUGCUCUACAGCAUCCGCAACCAGCUGCGAUUCCGCAAUAACCUAGUGCGCCACGUGAGGAAGGAUGAGCGCAAGUAUUAUGAGGAGCUACUGAAGUACAGCCGGGACCACCUGAUGCUGUACCCCUAUCACCUGUCUGACAUCAUGGUCAAAGGGCUGCGAGUCACUCCAUUCUCAUAUUACAUAGGAAUCAUGGAGGAUAUUAUGAACAGUGAGAAGAGUUACGACUCCUUGCCCAACUUCACUGCUGCUGACUGUCUGAGGCUGCUUGGCAUUGGGAGAAACCAGUACAUCGACCUGAUGAACCAGUGCAGGUCCUCCAAAAAAUUCUUCCGCAGGAAAUCAGCGCGGGACCUGCUACCCGCCAAGCCAGUAGAGAUCUCUGUGGAGCCGUGGUGGGUGGCGCAGACGGGCUACAUCACUGAGGACGAUAUCAGGAUCUGUUCUCAAGCAGAGAAGAAAGCCAUCGAUAAGAUGAUUGAUGCUGGUCCUCAGCUGGCCGGAUCAAUGGAGUAUAAUGUGGUGUUAAGCUUGUACAACCGGGGCUUCAUCUACUUGGAUGUGCCCAUAUCUGAUGACAGCUGUAUCUCAGUGCCCCCACUGGAGGGCUUUGUCAUGAACCGCGUCCAGGGCGAUUACUUUGAAACGCUUCUCUACAAAAUCUUUGUGUCCAUUGAUGAGCAGACAAACGUAGCUGAGCUGGCGAACGUGUUGGAGAUCGACUUGGACUUAGUGAAGAAUGCAGUGUCCAUGUAUUGUCGUCUGGGAUUCGCUGUAAAGAAAGGUCAGGCGUUCAGCUCAGAGCAGCUCCAUCCCACCUGGAAGAACGCCCCGUCUGUCAACAGACUCAAGAGUACCAUGGACCCUCAGAAGAUGCUGCUGUCCUGGGAGCAGGGCAGUCCUGUCAUGGAGGGAGGCUCCUCAGCCACCGACACUGAUACCACCAGUCUGGAGGACCAAGCAGACACAGCCAGCGUCAGCAGCCUGAGCAUCCCGGCCGCACCCACCAAGAGGAUCGCCUUCCUCUUUGACUCCACCCUCACAGCCUUCCUCAUGAUGGGCAACCUGUCUCCGAACUUGAAGAGUCAUGCAGUGACCAUGUUUGAGGUGGGUAAGCUGUCUGACGAGACUCUGGACAGCUUCCUGGCUGAGUUGGAGAAGGUAGAGAGCACAGCAGAGGGCGAGGCCCAGCGUUACUUUGACCACGCUCUGACCCUGAAAAAUACCAUCCUCUUCCUGCGCUACAACAAAGAACUCACUCAGGACCAGGGACCUGAUAUCCCAAAUAUAGGUUUCCCGUUGGACAUGUUGCGCUGUGAGAGCCUGCUGGGUCUGGACCAGGCCACCUGCAGCCGCGUCCUCAACAAGAACUACAAGCUGCUGGUCUCGAUGGCGCCGCUCAGCAACGAGAUCAGACCCAUCAGCAGCUGCACGCCUCAGCACAUUGGCCCGGCCAUCCCUGAGGUGAGCUCCAUCUGGUUCAAGCUGUACCUGUACCAUGUGACCGGCCAAGGCCCGCCGUCUCUGCUGCUCUCCAAAGGCUCCAGGCUCCGCAAACUCCCGGACAUAUUCCAGGUCUACGACAGGUUGUUGAUCACCUCCUGGGGUCACGACCCCGGAGUUGUCCCUACGUCCAACGUGCUGACUAUGCUCAAUGAUGCCCUCACACACUCUGCUGUUCUCAUCCAGGGUCAUGGUAUGCAUGGCCAUGGAGAAACAGUUCACAUCCCUUUCCCUUUUGAUGAGGAGGAUCUGAAGGGAGAGUUUUCCUACUCCAACAUGUGUGUGCACAAGGCACUGAAGAAGCUGAAGGAACAGGUAGAUCUGGAGCACCAGUGCGGCUACAUCACCAUGCUCAACUCCAACAACAGGCACCGUCGCCGGGCCAGCGACAGCACCGAGUGCAGAGGAGACACCCAUCUAGGUGGAGGCCUGGACACCAAUGGCAGCACCGAGUCCUUUGAGCUUGUGACGGAAGAGAACAACGGAGAGAGCAAAGGAAAGACAGACACUCUUUCAUCCGAAGAUGAGUGGGUCCCUCUUGAACUGUGCUUCGGCAUGCCCCUCUUCAGCUCCGAGCUCAACCGCAAAGUGUGUCGAAAGAUCGCCUCGCACAAACUGUGCAGCAACGAGAGCCUUCAAGAGCUACUUCACUCAAGCCGAAAGCUAUCGCUGAAGGUGUUGAGCUUCGUUCAGUCAUUCCAGGACGGCAGCCAGCCCUCCGACCUGGACAGCGGCGUGUCGAACCCUCUCAGUCAGCCCCCGGCAGAGUCCGGCGUCCCCCUGCCCGCCCUCAAUCUCCUCUUCAAGGACGGACAGCUGAAGGAGUGGAGCGGGCGGGCCCCUCCUCCUCUGGACAUCUCAGCCCUGCAGAAGGACCAACCCACAUAAAUCACUUCCCGAAACUUCCAGAUUUGAUCACGAAGAAAAAGGCUCAUCAAAAUCUCAUUGAAAAAGGACCACCGUUUCUCUCACAGUGUCACUGAGGAAAUUCUUAUUUGAGGUCCAACCGUGCAUCUUCACAUCUGAUCACGAGGAAAUGCCCUCAUUCAUAAGCCCCUGUCUGUCAAUAUCCAAUCACAGGAAAAUUAUCGCCACAAAGCAGUUUAUCUACAGUAUGAGGGAUCAUCCUUCUGACAGUUUUGCCAACACUAGUACCGACUCCCCUCGCUGUUCCCCUCUUUGAUUCCUGGUAUUUGUAUCAAGGCAGUGUUAUCUGUUGGAGUGGUGCUAUUAUCACAGUAUAUAACGGUGAUGCAGGUAAACAGCAUAUAACCAGGAUAAACAUAUAACUGGAAACACUAGCGCUGUUCUCCACUGACUAGACCCCCUCUUACCCUUCAAAUCAAUGGAUGUUUUUGUGAUCCCUGAGAGUGGAGUGUGAAGUGGUUAAUAUUGUAUAGAUGUUAUAAAAAUGACCCGCAAAAUAAACGAUCAAGUGUUGAACAGA